AUGUUCAAGACGUCGUGCCUACCUCCACAGUGGAAUAGGCUGUUCACUGUUCUCUUGAAGGGGUUAUCCGAAAGAAGUGCUGGAUCUGAUGGUGCCAUCCGUUUAUUUCUCUCCAUAAUGUAUGGUGUCUACAAUGGUAUCAACAUGGAUUAUGGGUUUUGGACAAUUAUCACGAAAUGGAUGAUGGACAAGUACCACGUCCCCAUUAUCGCAGGUGCUCCAAUGUCUUCGAUUGGUACGUUCCAUACCACGAAGAUCAUUGUGUCAGAUGCUUCAAAGUUUCCGUUCAACGGUUCUAUUCCGGAAACCAUGUAUGGGGAUGUUCCUGCUGAUAGCCCGAUUAUCAGGACGUACAAGGAAUUCAAGCCUUCUGGUCCGAGGGAUCUUUCUCCGGAGAUGUUGAAAUCAAUACAUGACGCCGACAAGCCUGAUACACGAGGCAAGAAGGCUGAUAAAGGAAAACAGGUGGCCAAGGGAGCAAAAGGCCCUUCUCCAAAGAAGAGGAAAUCGACCAGGGCUGCUCAGUCUCCACAGCAGAAGAGAAGAAAAACUCAUCCGAAGCGAAAGUUGAUUAUCGCUUCCUCCUCAAGCGAGUCGGAUGGUGAGAGUUCUGAUUCUGAAGGCUCUCAGCGUGUCAUCUCUUUCUGA